AUGUCCUUCGGAAAACUGAUGAUAUUGGCAUAUUUUGAGAUGUGUGAAAGCAAGUCUUAUGUGGUCCUUGGGCUGAUAAGAUCAACUUACCUCCGGUGGAUACCAGGUGUUCCUGUAAUCUUUGGUCUUCGAAACGCCCUAUUCCUCGAACAGCCAUCUGCUUAUCAACACCAGUUUGCCAAAUCUGCCGAAAAAGACCGCUCACAUAUGACUCAGUUACAGUAUAAGAUGGUAAACAUGAGCAAAAAGAAGCAGCUGGCCACUGAGGAAGAGGAGGAUUCCUCUGAUGUAAAUGAAGGUGUGGAAGGUCAAAUUUCAGGCUGCCAGGCUUUGAAGACAAAUAAUACAAGAAAGAGGACGGAUGUGAAGGACAAAGUUCAAUUUAAGAGAAAGAAAGCUAAGGGUCCAAACCCACUUUCUUGUAAGAAGAAAAAGAGUCUGUGGAACCUGAAUCUUACCUCAGAAAAGGCGGGGCACUCUUGCUCCAACAAUUCCACACUCUCAGGGGACACUGCUUUUACUGCCAGCAGUAUUGAAUCUUUUGUCCUCCCAGAUGCUGUAGAAAGCAGCAGUGCCUGUGGCUUCAGUUUGAAAGUUCUUAAAUCCAAUCCGAGAUCACUGCAUAUUAUGAAUUAA